GUGACAAUCAGCUGAACAGUAGCAACAGCUGAACUCAGCACUAUCAGAGAUACAGAGUCUUGAGGGUGAGAAGGAGAGUAAAGAAGAUACAUUAAUGUGUGUUGGGUGUUGAAGAAAUUACAGUCUCUGUGCUGGAAGGAGAUUUUGUCACUCUGCACACUGGUGUUAAAACAAACCAACAAGACCGAGUUCGGUGGUAUUUUAAUGACAUUCGCUUAGCACACAUCACUGGAAAUCUCUGCAAGAUCUGUACAGAUGUUCAGUGUGAUAAGAUAUUCAGAGACAGACUGGAGCUGGACAAUCAGACUGGAUCUCUGACCAUCACAAACAUAAUGACCUCAGAUGCUGGACUUUAUAAACUGAAGAUUUUAGACAGCCCCAGCAGCGAAAAAAUCUUCAAUGCUACUGUUCAUGAUCAAAUGAAGACAACGCCAGUGAAGGAGAGAAAUUCAGUCACUUUAUAUACUGGUGUGGCAAAUCCAGAUGAUUUGAUUACAUGGUAUUUUAAUGACAUUCUCAUCGCUGAAAGCCUAAUCGCUGGACAUCCUAAUGAGAUCUGUACGGAUGUUCAGUGUAAAGAGAGAUUCAGAGACAGAUUACAGCUGGACAAUCAGACUGGAUCUUUGACCAUCACAAACACCAGAACAACAGACUCUGGACUCUAUAAACUACAGAUCAACAGCAGCAGCAGCAGUAUUAUUAGGAACUUCAGCGUUGCUGUCUUUAAAUCACAUGUAGACACUCCAGCACUGAAUAUAAUUUUGCAUUAUAUGAAAGCAGUAUUUCUUGGUGCAGUCCUGCCGGUGCUGAUCCUGGCUGUUGGUGUUGGUGUGAUUUGGUUCAGCAGGAAGCAUAAACGAAAAAAUCAGGAGUGUGUUCAAACAGUUGAUGUGUCUGCGAUAGCUGGACAAUCUGUCACUCUACACACUGGUUUUGAAGUAAACAUACAAGACAGAAACACUACGAUGAAAUGGUAUUUUUAUGACACUUGGAUAUCAAAAAACAAUGGUUUUUCAAGUAAUAUCUGUAUAGAUGCUCAGUGUAAAGAGAAAUUCGGAAACAGACUGAAGCUGGACAGUCACACAGGCGAUCUCACCAUCACAAACACCUGAACCACAGAUGCUGGAGUUUAUAAACUACGGAUCAACAGCAAAAGCAGCAAGAUUCAAAAAGUCUUGCUGUUAUUGGUAUUUCUGAUGUUCAUCUAGUGUUUCUGAGGAAAGGAGAUUUAGCCACUCUCCAUACUGAUGUUGAAACAAGCCAACAUGAAAAUAUUCAAUGGCAUUUUAAUGACAUUCCUAUAGCUAACAUCAGUGGAAAUCUCAGUUUUAUCUGUCCAGAUAGUGUAACAAUACCGAGAUAUUCAGAGACAGACUAAAAUUAGACAAUCAGACUGGAUCUCUGUCCAUCACAAACAUCAGAACCACUGAUUCUGGACUUUUUGAACUAAAGAUCAACAUCAGCAACAGUAAAAAGAUCUUUGCUGUUAUUGUCACUGGUGAGUGAAAAGCAGGUUAUAUGUUUAAAUAAUUUUGUGACUAUAUAUAUUUUGUAUUAUUUAAAAAACAAUACUCUAAUAAAGUAGUUUAUGUUCUGAUGUAGUAAUGCAUUAAACUGUGUAGUA